AUGAUCAACCGCCUCCGCUCCCACUUCGACGACUUCCCCGACCAAAAAUUCUACAUCUCUGGUGCUCCCCAGUGCCAACUCCCGGAUGAACAACUCAGCUAUGCUAUUUCCCACGCGGCUUUUGACUUUAUUUGGGUUCAGUGGUACAACACCGCUGGAUGCUCGGCCAUGGACUUCGUCAACGGCACCGGCGGUUUUAAUUUCAUUGACUGGGUGAAUGUCAUCCAAAACAGUGCCAAUUCCGAUGCAAAGUUGUUCGUCGGUCUGCCAGCAUCGGAGGAGGCUGCCGCCGACGGUUUCUACCUGACACCCGAGGAAGUGUACCCGCUCAUUGAUUUGUAUAUGAACCUCUACCCUGACACCUUUGGAGGUGUCAUGCUUUGGGAGGCUACGGCAGCGGACAACAACUCCAUCGAUGGACUCGACUACUCGCAGCAGAUGAAACACAUCCUGUGGGACUGUGAUCCUUCGCCUCUCCCUCCCCCGCCGAGCUCAACUUCCACCAUCUGGGUCACUCCUACGUCCAAGCCCGCUUCGUCCACCCCAAGCUCUCCGGUUCACAGCAGCUCUGCUAACCCGUCCGCUACCCCGUCUGCUACCCCGUCUGCCACUCCAUCUGCUACUCCAUCUGCCGUGCCAUCUAGCUCGCCCUCCGGCCAUGUGCACUCUAGCAGCUCUGCGCCUUCCAGCUCCGUCGUUUCGUCUAGCUCCAUCGUGCCCUCUAGCUCCCCCUCAACCUCGAGCCAUUCGCACUCUAGCAGCGCUGUCGUCUCUUCCAGCUCCGUGACUGGCUCAUCCACCUCUUCGCCCGUUCAUCCUACCGGUGGCAGCUCGAGCUCUUCCCCAUAUUCUAGCCAUCUGGCUUCAACCAGCAAGCCCUCUUCUGGAAAGCCUACCGCCAAGCCCAGCACUACUCCCUGUGAGACAUCGUCCUCGGGAUCAAGCAGCUCUGCCGUUUCGACUCCCUCUGGGGCACAUACCACGCCUGCCGGUCACUCGAGUUCGUCGCUAGUCAAGCCAACUCACAUUCCGGGAACCAGCAGACCCUCUUCCGGUCCCGUGAUCUCAUCGAGCCAGUCGUCCACUUCCUCCACGGCCGAGACCGUCACGGAGUCAUCUGCUUCCGGAUCUGCUAGCAGUACCACUGUUGUUCCUCACUCGCCUUCUGCCUCUGGAAAGCCGUCUCAUACUCUGGCUAGCAGCAUUCCCGUCUCAAGUCAGACAAGCGGUACCGGCUCCAGUACCAGCUCUUCGACCGAGUCUGGAUCCACUGCCUCUUCUACUGGCGUUUCAGAGUCUUCGACUACCAGAGGCGCAUCUGCUACCGAAAGCUCAAGCACCACUGGCGGUACCACUGACAAUGGAUCAUCUGGAGGUGCUAACCCCACUGGAAGCAGCGGUGCGACCACAACUGGAUCUUCGGGUGCCGCGACCUCCCCAGCAGUUACUUCCGUGCCAGAAGUUACGACCCCUCCGACGACUACCACUAUUAUCGUUACAUCGUACACGGACAUUUGCUCAACUGGAUUUACCACCGUCACAACUACUAUCACAACAACUGUCUGCCCUGAAGCCACCGCUACCGCUAGUGUGACCAACCCUCCUUCUGGUGCUGUUUCGACCACUCCAUCAGUUCCCGAGGGAUGGACCACCACGGUGGCUGUCUGCAUCCACUGUGCCACGACCCCGACUACUGUCACCCUCACUAAGCCCAUUGCCACCACGACGGCAACUGAGUCUGCAGUGGAGAUCCCUCCUGCAGCCUUGGCCAUCGAGACAGUCCACUGGACCACCACUGUCACUUUCUGCAAGCACUGCGGUGUUACUGGCUCAUCGAUCACUGUCACGGUGCCCUACACUCCCGCUGCCUCGACCACGACAGCCGUGGAGACCGCCGGGACCUCCCAGGGACAGGGUGCGGGAUCUGGCCCCGGUGGUUAUCCCCAGGUCAGCGCCAGCAGCUCUGUGAUUGUGCUCCCUCCUCAUGGCUCGUCGUCUAUCAAGGGAGCUUCGAGCGGAGGUCCCCGUCCGGUUACCCUGACAUCCAGCUUUACCAUCCAAACCUCGUCCGCCGCCCCUGUGCAGACUUCCAGUCCUACCGGCAGUGGAGAGGGUGUCUCACCGGUAUUCAACGCAGCUGGAUCUCAGGUCGGUCUGCUAAACCUCUUCAGCAUCGGUCUCGCCGCUUUCGUUUCUACGGUUGUGUUGAUGUGA